AUGCUUGAAAGUGGAAUUCGGAUUCACUCCUUACAGCGAGAGGCUGAACGGGCGGAUCGCGUUUCUCGGGCUGGCGGUGCUGCUGCUGCUCGAGCUGGCGGCGGGGAAGAGCGUGCUCAGCUACCACACCCCGUCGAUCGUCCUCGUCCCGAUCUAAUUCUUCACGAGAAACAAAAGAAGAUGUCUCUAGUCACAGAAGAGAUCAGGGCUAAAGCCACGGAGGUCUACAAUGGCGACGAGAUCCGUCAGGCCAAAUCCAAGGAGCUCCUCAAGGAGAUCCAGCUCCCCAAUGGGCUGCUGCCACUUCACGACAUCGUGGAAUGUGGGAUCAACAGGGAGACAGGGUUCGUCUGGCUGAAGCAGAAGAAGAGCAUCACUCACAAGUUCGACAAAAUUGGGAAGCUUGUGACAUAUGCGCCAGAGGUGACUGCAGUGGUUGAAAAUAGGAAGAUCAAGAAGCUGACAGGUGUUAAGACGAAAGAGCUUGUGCUUUGGGUUUCCCUCUGCAAUAUCUAUACUGAUGAGCCGCCUACUGGGAAAGUUACGUUCAAGUCCCCAACUGGGCUGUACAGGUCUUUCCCUACUGCUGUGUUCGAGGUUGAGGAACCUGCUGCUAAGGAGGAAACUACUGUUGCGGCUGCGGCUGCUCCAGCGGAAGCUGUUGUAGUGAAGGACGCUUAG